UGGUGAUCAGCAAGAGCGCAGCAUCCGUUCAUCUUUGCAAUAGGAGCCAGGUGUGGAUGGAGUUGUGGUGGGGAGUACCACUCCUCGUCCUGUCAAUGGAGUACGACACUCCAGAGUUGUGGAUCAUCAUCGCUGAACGAUCCACAGGGCUUGUACUGUGCAAGGAUACCAUCAGUUGGCGGUCUGGAUACACACGGGAGAGCACCACCUACCACGUGAUGGAGAUUUGCAACAAGCAUUCUUCCAAGAUGGCGCUUAACUUUGAGACUGAAGACGCCGCAGCAGACUUCUCAUUGAAUGUCAGUCUCUUUUUGUCUAAACUGGAGAACAUGAAUGUUUGUCCGGCCAAGUGCUGCGUAAAUAAGUGGUUGGAAAACAGUUCGGAAGAAGACAAGCGUUGCACUCCUUGCUGCUUGUUUCAGCUUCUCAUCAUGAGCGAAGAAGAUUACUAUCGUUACCUCGCAUACCAUCGGUACUUCGAGCCCCGGGUGCUCAACAGGGGUGGUUUUGGGGGCGACUGGUAGAUUCUUAAAAUAAGUCUUCCUCUGGAAAAGCAAUCCUCUGAAAAAUCAAUGGAGCGCAAGUCAUUGUAAUUUGAUACACGUCUUUGUUUGCAUGAUAAAUUUGGCAGGCAAGAAGUUAGGAGUGGAAUUAAAUUCCUUUGAAAGGUUUUUUGGUCUUGAAUAUUUUUAGAUUGAUUGUAAGAUACUUUUUGCACCUUACUAAGA